AUGGCUUCGAAAAUUGACGAAUUGUUGCAGUGGGCCCGCCUACACAAUACAUCACUUCAUGAGAGCGUGGUAGUAUAUCAGGAUCCUGUCACUGGACUCUCCUUUCAAGCAUCAGAAGAUAUUCCGCCAGGAACAACACUAGCCACAUCCUCAUACGAAACCUCGUUGUCAUAUCUCAACGCAGCGGGGAGUUCUGCUCAUUUCAAAUCUCACAGCUCUGAUGGUGCAUUUCCUCAACCAUUCAUAGAAGCUUUGAGAGUCGAAAAUCCUCAUAUUAUCGGUCACUUCUUUCUUGUUCAACAAUACUUACUGGGAGAAAAAUCCUUCUGGUGGAAUUACAUACGACUUUUACCACAGCCCGAUGACCAAGACGCUCUUGGUGUUCCAGUCAGUUGGCCUGAAGCUGACUUGAAGUUUCUUGCUGGGACGAAUGCUGAACCACCGAUUGAGAAGAAGCUUACGCUGUGGAAAAACGAAUGGGGAUUAGGGAUAUGGAACCUCAAACCCCACAUGAGUGACUGGCAUAUGUACUCGUACAAAUUAUAUCAAUGGGCUGCCUCGAUUUUCAGCUCUAGAAGCUUUCGAGUAUCUCUGACGAUUCCAGAUACGAUUCCUAUGGAAGAUUCAACCAGUCCUGAGAUACAGGAAAUGAACCGGGAACAUAUCCGCCGAGAUAAUUUCUCUGUUCUCUUCCCGGUUUUGGACAUAGGUAAUCACGAUGGAGUUAAUCGAGUGGAAUGGUCUAAAAGUCCGGAAUCUGGUCAUUUUACAUUCUCAUCUACCCAGACGAUGGCUAAAGGCUCACAAAUUUUUAACUUUUACGGGAACAAGUCGAACAGCGAAUUACUUGUUGGUUAUGGUUUCAUCCUUCAUUCUCCGGAACAAGAUAUUGUAAACUUGAGAAUGACACCGGCCGCUGAUGCAGCCGAGCUUCGUCGCACACAAUCAUGCCACAGGCGUAAUGCACCUUUUCAGCCUGGGGAAGAGUUCAUGUUUUACGUUCGUAGGCAGAGUGUGUUCCAACAGACUAGUGAGGGGCUUGUUGCCCUACCAAUUUUCUCUCACGGUCUGUUCGAAGCUUUGAUUUGCAUGAUCGCUAAUGCCAGAGAAGGUCGGUAUAUUCUGGAUAAUCCAGACUACUGUAUUCAAACGCCACCAAGCAUGUUUUCGGGUCCUCUUUACAAAGCACUGUUCCAAUCGUUACAGAUUUUAUUGAUAAAGCUUACAGGGGAUAAGCAGAAAAUUAUAGACGCAGGAAAGGAUCUCGGUUACCCCCAGAACCAAAAUCAGAGGAUGGCGCUUGAGUAUCGGGAGAGGAAAAUUGCUGUACUUGAAGAAGCCUUGCUGUGGGUGACCCAGCAUCUCGAAGUCGCACUCAAGUUUUCUUCAUUUCACGAUCUAAUCUCCGCCAACGCCAUCACUGGACCCGAAUCAAGGAAACAAUUCGGCAUCAAGAUCGAAGAACCCAUGGCGCAACCGACACGUUGUGUUGCUGGUCUUCUUCCACUAGAAACGGCAUUCGACUGGCUAAGAGCAAAUUAUCCAGAUAUUCAUGAAUCAGUAACAGAAAUCAUAGCUAAAGAUCAAGGUGAACCGCUUCCCCUUAAGUGGAACAUUCUCGUCGAAGAUUGGGAUCACUCAUAUUGGGUCGUUUGGAUUUACAUAAUCUGGAUGCUCUGGGCGCGAGAUGGCUCGGAGUUCCUCAAUCGUCAUCCAAGUCUCAGCAAAUGGAUGAGCUUGAUGAAGAGUUCUGCCACCGAUCCCAAAGAAGCCUAUGAAAAGUUUCACGCGAAGAAAGAUGAAUAUACUACCAUCAACGACACUAUCGAGGAAAUAACUUGGCUACCCCAGUUUCGUCCCGUUCGGUCCUUACUUGAAACGCAAAAGGGAGGUUGGGAACCGCUCAGGAACUUUGCUAGUUUUGUGGCGAAAAAUGAGACUGUUCAUGUGAAGGUUGGUAUGAAUGUGGCAAGGAAAAGGACAGACGCGGAGGUUGAGGAAAUGUAUUAUGAAGACUUCGUAGAAUUAGAAGACGUGAUGGAGGAGACACAGGUGGAGCAGAGAGUAUUAGCUGUCUGCUGA